GCUGCCACAAUUAUUCCUCUUCCUCUUAUUCAGCAAGAGGACGGCAUCGGCGGGAUUUCCUGGACCGCUGCCGCCGCGACCAACGCACGCACGCAUUCUGAGAUGCAACCGUGCUUCUGAUCCGCUGUGCUUCAUCGUACCCCCAAAAAGAAAUGAGGGGAACAUCGCCGACGACUCUUGAAAGCAUUUCUUUUUUGUUCUCUCUCUCUCCUGCGUUGCCUCACAGCUUUCGAUUGCGCACCUCUCGUUCUUUCCUUCUUGCCAUAUGCACGCAUCAGCAUGGCCUCGUUGCGCUCGUUUGUGGUGUACUUUGCCGACCGGCACACCGCCGCCCUCGCCGCUGUCUUUGCCUUUUUCACCGCCAUCGUAUUUUACUGCGGAGGUCUCGGAAUGACCGAGGUGGAGCUGCGACAGGCCGCCGCCGUCUUCGCGGACACGGCAGCUUUCGCACCGGUGCCGCUAGCGCGAAUCACCGCCGUGGCUUUUGUGGCGUUGACGGAGGCGGACAUCGUCGUGCUCAACGGCGGGCCCCUCCCUUCUUCCCCAUACACUUCUUCCUCGUUGCAUGCAGGGUGGACUGCGGAGAGAGGUAUGGCGAUGGCGCGGCGGUGGCAUCAACACUACGCGGUGGGCGAUAUUACCGUCGUGUCGGUGCCGGCGGCCUUCACGUCGCACCCCGUAGUGCGGCACUGGUUCGCCUAUCUCGAGUCCCAUUGCACCGACUGCCACUUCGUUCCGCUGAUGAGCAGUGCGGCUGCAGAAGGGGUGAAUAGUACGCUACACGGCCGCCCCUCGUCCUCCGCAUUCUCUUUCUAUCCGUUUUGCUCCUCUGCGGCUAUCGAAAGCGGCAGCGAGUCUCUUCCGACCACCACGAAACACGCAGCAGCAGUGUCGGCGGAGACGCCGUUGGGGGCGCGAGGUCUGGACCUGCUCGUGUGGGACGCGGUUCCUGAAAGGGGUGGUGGUGGUGGCAGUAUGAUGCCACCGGACAUGCCCUUCGGGUGCGGUGUGGUGGUCUUGCUUACACCCAAUGCGCUCCGCCGCUACGUGAAGGGACUGCAGGGCAAUCGAUCGGGGGCUUCCGCCACGACGACGAACACCUCCGGCGGCACGUCGGACUUUGAGGGGUUGCUAGCGCAUGCCGCGACGGAGGUGGACCCUCCACUGGAUUCUCCUACUGCUGCUGCUGCGUCACCCUUGGACCUGGCCGAACGAAGUAUAAAGGCGGAGCGCUUCUACGCUGCGUUGGGUGGUGCGCUGGCGACGCAGGUCAGCACCCGUCUCGGGUACCGUCCACAGUACGUGCUGUACGCGGCGUGGUGCGCCUCUGCCCGCAGCUAUGGCUUUCGCACCUCGUCGCCGUCGUCGCUUUUGAAUGGGCAAUCGAUGCUGUACGUCCUGUGCCUGCGCGAGAGCGAAAUUGUGGAAGUGACGGCGACGCUGCGGCGGUUUGUGCGGAUCAGCGAAGCCUCCGUCUUGUGA